ACAUAGAAAAAGAAAAGGAAGCUAAACAAAUGGCCAUGACUGAUGAUGAAAAGGAGGCUUUGGUAACAUUUUAUAAACAACAUCCAAUGCUGUGGGACUCCAAGCUAGAGUAUUAUAGGAAUCGAGACCUCAAAAGCGUUAACUUAGAAACUUUGGCAGAAAAGUUGAACUAUAAAUACAGCAUUGAUAAAAUACAACAAGAGUGGCACAACCUGGUAACAAUCUAUGAAAGGGAACGUGCAAGGCAUGAAGGCAGUAAGAAGGCAGGGACAGGUGGGUCAAAGGUAUAUAAGUCCACAUGGCCAUUUUACAAAUGCAUGUUGUUUUCAUGUGAUCGAUCAAAUUCCGACACAGCUACAUCAACAUUAAAACAUGUUGCACCUAAAACAAAAAAAAGUCAACUAAAUGUUCCAAAGAGAAUGUAGAAGAAGCAAAAGUCAAGUUAUAGGAAGCACUAACAGAAAAGUUGUCAGGCAAAGUGGGCAGUCAUGGUACCAGCAACUUACAGCAAUCCUGGCAAGAGCUGAGGGGUUUCAGGCUGGUUUCCAGCAAGGAUGGCAACAAGGUUUCAUGCAAAUGCAAACAGUCUACCCAAACAAUCAAUUACCCAUGUUUCACAGUUUUCCACAACAGGUGUUCAGAAGUAGUUCCCCCUCUUCACAGUCCUCUGAAAGAAGUAUCUCACCAGGAUUCCGAAGCCAUUCCAACUCUCCAGAAAUGCCGCACAACACAUCUCCCUCUCCUUGAAAAAUGUUCAUGUCUCUAAAUAGUCCUCCUGCACAAAGCCAAGGUCACUACUCAUCAGAAUCACCUGCACAUAGUUCAAAAGAUCUUAUUGCUCUGAAAUCAACACCACAAAUACAGAGCAAUAUGAUUGGUGGUGGGUUUUUCAAAUUAUAGAGUGUAGUGACCUCAACAAACAACGGACCUCUUUCAUGGUUGUAAAUUAUUAAAUAUUCUUUUGUGUACAUAAAAAUUAAGCCUUUCUAGCUUAAUUGCAACAUGAAGAUUUUUUAAAGAUAUAAACCACAAAUUAGGCACAAAAGGCUUAUGUGGAUGCACAUAAACUGAUAAAAGAUUAUGAAAACAUGAUACUGUAACAGUGUGUAAACCAGUGGGGGGGGGGGGGUCAUGGCCCACAGCAAGCCAUUUUUUGUGGGGUGCCAAAGUGUAUAGGGGGUGCCAAAAAAGCAUGAAAUAAAAAAAGUCAAUUGUAACUAAAAAUUGACCCAAAAAUUGUUUUGAUGGUUCAACCACGCCCACCCUUCCCACCCGCACCUCCCUUCAACAAUAUGUUUUUUUUAAAUUAGGGGUGCCUAAUUUAAAGUGCCCCUUGCUGAAUAGGAGCCAGCAUGCAACUAGUGUAUAGCAACUUGCUGCAAAGAAAUCUUGCCUAAUUAAAAUAAAUGAUAAACAAUCUUGAAUUUACAUACAAAUGUAUAUUGAGAUCAACCCAAAUAUUAGUGGUGCAUUUAUUAAUUCCAAGAUUAAUUUUAUAUUUUUAUUGCCUGCUCUACACUUUUUGUUUAGCUACUGCAUGCUCACCAGUAGCAAAAGCAUUAAUAUAAAACCCUUGCUGUUUGCCAAUAAAGACUUUUAUGUUACUGUUAAUUUGUUGAAAUAAGUUUGCUCCAAAUAGUUGGUUAAUUAAUAUAUUAUGCUAACACAAUUAGGCAAUGCCUCUUGCACACCAUACACUGCAUAUAAAGACACUACAUUUUAUAUAUAAUAAAACUAAAACAGUAAUAGAAAUGGAAAUUGAGAAACCAUGUCGUUAAGGUCAACAGAGAAAGCAAAAGAGCAUAUUUUCUUGAAGUUAUUAAUAAUACCAAAAAAGAUCCAAAGUCAAUGUGGAAAACAAUAAACAAUCUGUUAGGACGCUCAAAUUGUCCAAUACCAACUUAUGCAGAGAGUAAUGGUGAAAUUUACACAAAACCUAAAGAUAUUGCCAAUCAUUUCGCAAAGUUCUUUAAUGAAAAAAUAAAGAAAUAUAGAUUUGAGAUGUCCAACCCGAUAGAUACGGAGUAUGUAACUAAAUCAAUUACCGAAAUAAUGACUGGAAAAAACUGUCGGUUUGAGUUCUCAUCUUUAAGUCUUUUUAGAAGUUCACAGCUGCCUUGCUAAGCUUCCAGAUACUAAAGUGACAGGCGUAGACGGCAUUGAUAAUUUUUUACUUAGAAUUGCGUCGAAUAUCAUAGCGGAACCUAUUAGAUACAUUUUUAACUGUUCAUAUGCGAAGUCAAUAUUUCCUGAUCAAUGGAAAGUAGCUAAACUACACCCGAUUCCCAAAGAUAAGAAACAGCCUUUUGAAGAUAUAAAUAGUCGACCCAUCAGUCUUCUAAAUGUAUUAAGUAAACUGCACGAAAAAUUUGCGCAUAAACAAAUCUGUCACUAUGUCUCCGAACAUAACUUAAUGCUCAAGAAUCAACAUGCAUAUAGAAUCAAUCAUAGCACUGAAUCAGCACUUUUACAUCUGACUGACAGUUGCCUUGACAACAUGGAGAAUGGUAUGCUUACUGGUGCUGCUUUGUUGGACUUUUCAGCUGCUUUCGACCUGAUUGAUCAUAAUUUUCUGCUUCUGAAAUUGAAAUGUUAUAACUUUUCAGAUAAUGCGAUUAACUGGAUCAAGUCAUAUUUAAGUGGGAGAACCUCAACCGUAUAUAUCAAUGGUGCUUUUUCUAAUCCGAUCGAGAUGACUUGUGGGGUGCCACAGGGUAGUUGUCUCGGCCCACUGCUCUUCAGUUUGUUUGUUAAUGAUUUACCAACAGUCUUAACUACAGCUGAUAUCACCUUGUGCGCCGAUGAUAUCACUCCGUUCCAAUCUGGACAUAACGCCAGACUCAUAUCAGAUAAACUUCAACUUGACUUAUCUAAAGUUGAAUUAUGGGUCACGAAGAAUCGUCUUGUUCUUAAUGCUGAUAAAACAAAUAGUAUCCUUGUUGGAAGUCGGCAGAAGAUUAAAUCAGCUCCAUCGCUUAACUUAUCCAUUAAAGAUAAAAUCAUUGAACAACUUCCAUGUGUAAAACUCCUUGGCGUCCAGGUUGACGAGAACUUAAGUUGGAAGCAGCAUUGUGAAGAUCUACUUAAAGAUUGUUCCAAAGCUCUUGGCUUACUGUUCAAGUUCAGCAGAUAUAUUCCAUCAAAAGUUUUAAAGAUUAUCGCUGAGGCACUCAUACUGUCAAAAUUGAACUAUUAUUGUACGGUUUGGGGAUCUGCGCAAAAUCAAGAGUCGAUUAAUAAUUUACAAAAACUUCAGAACAAGGCCGCCAGAUUGAUCCUAGGAUAUAAGGUUGAUGAAAUAUAUAGGGAAAAUCUCCAUGAUGAAAUAGGUUGGUUAACAGUGAGACAAAGGAUUCAUGUCAGAACCUUAAUGGCAUUGCAUAAUGUACUUUAUUCUGGUGAACCAAAUGCAAUUUACGUGAAUUUUAAACCAUUUGAAAUUACUCAUGAACACAAUACUAGAUUUUCGUCGAGGUGUCGAAGUGAUAAUAUGUUGUUAGAGAAACCUAUGUUAAAGAAGAAAACCUUUUUAGCUCGGGCUUUUAGGACUAGAGCUAUCCGUCUAUGGAACAAUUUAGACUAUACUAUAAAAAUCAUAUCUUCCAAAUCCAUGUUUAAGUCUGCUGUUCUUAAACAGCUAGACUGGUUCAUAUAA